AUGAGUUCGUCGGGUUUCAUCGACUUUUUAAAUCACGCGAGUGGCUCGCAAUUCGCCGCUUGUGCAUAUACAAAGUCAGUUCUUGUUGAAUCUGGAUAUACAGAACUCCACGAGUCUGAACUUUGGAAUUUGGAACCACAGAAAAAGUACUUUUUGGUUCGUGGAAAUUCAGCGAUUGUUGCGUUCCACACGAACAAAAGCACUUCGACGUCUCGCAUGAUUAUAUCUGGUUCGCAUUUGGACUCCCCUUAUUUGAAACUGAAGCCAAAUGCCGAUUUAACAUCAGUUGGGUUAGUGGGAGUAGCUUGUGAGACUUAUGGAGGUGGGAUAUGGAACACUUGGUUUGAUAGAGACUUGGGGGUAUCUGGAAGAGUCGUUUUAAAGAACGGAGAGCAGAGAAUAUUCACAGUCAAACAGCCAAUUUUGGACAUUCCAGCGUUGUGUGUACAUCUUGACAAAGACAAGAAAUAUUUGGUUGACACAGAAAAGGACUUACACGCUUAUUUGAAAUCGUCCGAUAAGAAAGAGUCUGCCACAAAGUACAUUCUUGAAAAGAUUUGCGAUGAUCUGAAUGUACCAAAAGAUUCGAUCGAGUCUUACGACAUUUGUUUGUGUGACUCACAACCAGCUACAAUGUUAGCGAACAAAUUUAUAGUAGGGCAGGGAAUCGAUAAUUUGAACGGAGUGUACACAUCCCUCAUGGCGUUCUUUAACUCCGAGAAAGAGAACUUGGAGAAAGAGCAGCUUGACGUUUUUGUGGCGUUUGAUAACGAAGAAGUUGGUUCUGUGACACGUACUGGUGCUGAGAGCAAUUUCUUAGAAAAAAUUCUACAUAGAGUCCACUUUUCUCUUUUCAAAAAUUGCACAACUGAAAGCUACGAUAUAAGUUGCGCGAAGUCAAUUGCCCUGUCUGUUGAUGGCGCACAUGCUAACCAUCCUAACAUCGACAAAUCAGAAAAGAAUCACAAAGUGACUCUUAAUGGAGGGCCAGUCUUGAAAAAUCACUGUGGACAGAGAUAUAUGUCUGACGCCUUUUUAAGGUUGUUGAUUCAAAAAGCGGCUGUAGAUGUGAAAACUCAAACGUUUGUUUUAAGACAAGACUUGGCGGGUGGAUCAACAAUAGGGCCCCACGUGUCGGCUUGCACUGGUAUCACCACAAUCGACUUGGGUAAUCCAAUGUUGUCAAUGCACUCCAUCAGAGAGAUUUGUGGCGCACAAGAUGUUGAAGCAAUGACCGCUUUGAUUGAAAAGUGUUACACAAACUUCCCCUGCUUGGAAAACUUUUAA